AUGAACGAAGAGGACGACUACGAGAAUGGGGCCAGCUCCGCCGAGGAGGAAGACGAGGCAGAGGAAGCCGAUGCUAUGGAAGUAGAUGAGGAGGAAGAGGGCGACGAUGCAGACGAAGGUGACAAUGACGAUGACGACGCAGAAGGGGACAACGACGACGAGGACCAGGAUCAGGAUCAGGAUCAGGACGAAGCGGACAGUCCCUCGCAACGGCCACGAAAUAAUCUCCCCAACGGCGGGACGCCUGGCCCUGCAGACGCAAACCCCGCCGUCAUUCUCACAUCUCCAAGCCCUCGAGCGGCAGCGUCUGGUGUCUUGGGCAAUCUGCCCUUCCGCCCAAGCGUGCGCCAAGAGGCCUUGAAUGCGCCCGUCUACGAUAUUAUACCCACGAUAGCCGCUCCACACAGCACGUCAAUCAAUUCGAUUACAUCCACGCCGGACAUGCGAUGGGUAUUUAGCGGAGGCGCAGAUGGAUACAUAAGGAAGUUCAACUGGGUAGACACUGCCAAUGGGAAGCUUGCUCUCACGGUGGCGCAAAGACACCCUUUUGUCGAUUCAGUUACGAAGGCAGGCGUCCUUCUCUCUUACUGGGAGAAUGAAGACAGCUCGGGUAUGUCGGAGAAUUUGUCUCCAGUAUACUCGCUCGCUGUCCACCAUCAGGCGCUGUGGCUACUAUCGGGACUAGAUUCUGGAGGUAUCAAUCUACAGUCGGUGCGCCAUGAGGAAGGGAAGCGAAUACACACCUUGCGAAAUCAUACCUCGGCUGUGUCAGUCUUGACACUGUCGCAGGACGAGACAUCCGUAUUGAGCGGCAGUUGGGACAAGACGAUCAAUGACUGGGAUCUCAACACUGGUCAGGUGAAGAGAAAGUUUGAAACAAGUGGUAGCCAGAUCUCCGCUAUCGAGCAACGACCACUGUCGACUCUGCCCAUUCCUCAGGAUACACAAACCCUACCCUCGUCCAACGGGACUUUCUCUUCCAACAAUGCAGCUCGACCACGGGCUAAUGGCAAUCUUGCGAACGGUGUCGACUUAACUACACGGCCUGCGCAAGUAAAAGAAGAUAGCAACGAGGACGCGCCGGGUUCACCAGACGAUUCGUUGUUUGGCGACAAAGACUCCCUGUUUGGUGAUGCACAAGAGAACAAUCCAUCGUCGGCUCUCCCUUCAUUUGGGGAUGACGAUGACGAGUUCUCAAGAGCAAUCGCAAAUGGCAUUCAGCAAGCGGAUGAGGACGCAAAUGGCGACCUUGAUAUGAUGGACAUGGGCGGCCCAGUGCAGGCUCCACAGGAGCAGGCGGGCGAAACCCUAAAAGAGCCUCCUGCAGCUGCACAGGCACAAACUUUAGCCAACGGGACGACAGACUCACAGUCGAGUGGUACUGUCAAUGGUCUGCCACAUGCAGAGGAAAUCGGCCCUGUUAUGAACAGUUCGGCAGAGCAAACUGAGCAACCUGCGUCUUCCGAAACAACAUUUGUGGAUGCUUCCAUCGAUGGCACACUACGGAUCUGGGAUCGCCGACAACCAAACCCAGUUGCACGCAUUACGCCGUCGCGUAACACACCACCUUGGUGUAUGAAUGCGUGCUGGUCACCGGACGGCAACUUUAUAUACGCCGGUAGGAGAAACGGUACGGUGGACGAGUACAGCUUACACAAAGGCCUAAGGGAACCGAGGAGAACCUUUAGAUUUCCGAGCGUUAGUGGAGCAGUGAGUGCAGUGCGGACCAUGCCAAACGGCAAGCAUCUUAUAUGCGCGUCUUACGACAUUCUUCGACUUUACGAUCUAACUCAGCAAGAUCCAGGCGCUAAAGGCGGUGCGGCUGUGCCAUUUUUAAUCGUACCAGGUCACCGUACUGGCGUUAUUUCGCAGUUGUACCUGGACCCUGCCUGCAAUUUUAUGAUUUCUACAGGCGGGACCAGAGGCUGGGAAGGAGCCUCAACGGAGGUGUUACUUGGUUAUGAGAUCGGUAUUGGAUCAUAA